AUGACUGGGCCGGUAGUGGCGCCUGUGACCGAUCCGGCCGCGGCAGCACCGGAGGUGGCGCCUGUGACUGAGUCGACCACGGUCCCGGCAGUGGUGCCUAUAGCCGAGCUAGCUACAGCAGCUGUGCCUGGGCUAGAGGUGGCGCCCAAACCUCACCCGGCCCAUCACAGGCACUUCACCGAGUACGAGAUCAACCAACAUCGUAUUGAGGAGAAGCGUCUGAGGAUACACGAGGCCAGACUUUCAGACCUCAACCUCGGGAGCAGCAGAGCAGAGACGCUGGAACCCGAGACCACUACCCCGCCAGGGCCAUCACCGAUUAAUACCCUCUCAAUCAACGACUUCAAUUUCCCCAUCGGCGUCGUCCAACCAACCCUGCCAGAAAGCUUCCACUUCGAGCAUCGCGACACAGGAGACACAGCCUCGCUCGUAUCCACCCCCUUCGAGGAGAACCCUACGAUGACGAAGAUUAACCAAGUCGGCUACUUCAAUCCGGACGUCGAGGUCGCCGGAGACGAGCCGUUGGCCACGGUCGGCAGUGACAUCCACUAUAAGGAUGUCAACCUUUUCUUCGACUCGGUGAUGGAGCACGCUAAUGUCCCCGCCCGACGAGACAUCCUGAGAAGAGAUCUUGCACAGCUCCUCAAAGGAUCUGCUCAACUGUGGUACAUUGAGACCUUGAGCGACCUCGACAGACGAUUCAUGAAGGAGAAUCUGAGCAACUGGAAGGCAAGAAUGACCCGCCGUUUCGCCAUGACCAAGACCGAGGCAGGAGACAAGUUGUUAAAAUGCACCUACACGUCUGAAAAUUGCAAGUCAGGAGUUCCCUUUCGCUCCUACGCCGCAGAGAAGAUGCGGUACUGCAAGGCAAUGGGUUUCACUGACAUCACCAACGUCAUGACCUUCAUCUACGCUGGCAUUGAGCCAAGUAUCCAACAGCUCAUCCACGAGCCAGACAGCUCUAUGACAAUCGAUGAGUACCUCGCUUCGGUGGAGGAGAAGACCAAAGCAAGUGCAAGAGUCCUCAAUGGCACAGCCCUGCCUCAAAAGAUCGACGAUUUCCGUGGUACACCCCCAACGAUCAUCCCAAGGAACCGUCAACUGCUCGUUGGUCCCGCGUACAAUGUCGACGACCUCGAUUCAGCGUACUACUUCAACGAUCGACCUCGCUAGAGUCAUGAUGACAGAAGCCUACGUCGAAACAACUACAGUCGAAACUACAGUUGGAGGAUGUUACGUAAUCAGCGCACGGACCUACCAAAUUAUUUAGGCCCUCGUAGGGCACCUUAGCUUCUUAGACAAUCAUCUUUUCUUUCAUUUCAGGAUGGCAUUAGCCACAACAAGUCGGCGGAUUCAAACUAGGAACGCUAUCUGACAUUGGUCCCAAGGCAUGUCGCUAUUCCAAGGUUAGUGACGAACGAGGGUAUCUUUGAGCGGCUCAACCAAGAGCCCCAAAACUUCCUACACGAGUGAUUCAUAUCUCAAUCAAACAAAUUCUGCCU